AUGGUUAGUUUCUCCAUUCUUCUCCAUUCGGGCAAGAACUCGCGUAAUAAGCUAAAGAAAAUGAGUCUUGAAGGCCAUCCUGCCAAGGACGCCAAAGACCACGCGGAGCAGAUCCUGGCCCGCAGAAAGGAUGCGGGUGUCAACAACAUUGAAGUGUACGCUGCGCAGUACUCACACUUUGCGUACCGUGUUGCGCUUUUCUUCUCAUUGUUCCUGGUAGCAUAUGCAUACGGACUCGAUGGAAUGGUGCGGUCCAGUUUGCAGGCUUACGCCACAAGCUCAUAUGGGAGCCACUCGCUGCUCGCAACGAUCAACUGUGUGAAGGCGGUAAUCGCCGCAGCCGGCCAAAUCUGCUUUGCCAGAGCGUCCGACAUCUUCGGCAGAAUGACCAUCCUGGCGCUGGCGGUGGUUCUGUACGCGGUGGGCACUAUCAUUGACUCGCAGGCCACGAACAUCACGAGAUAUGCCGCGGGCGCGUGUAUCUACCAGCUGGGCUACACCGGCAUCAUCCUGAUCCUCGAGAUCAUUGCCAUGGACUUUUCCAAUUUGAACUGGAGGCUGAUGGCGUCUUUUGUCCCUGCGCUCCCAUUCAUCAUCAACACCUGGAUCUCCGGUAACGCGCUAGAGGCGCUUGGGAUGAACUGGAAAUGGGGAAUCGGAAUGUGGGCGUUCAUUGUGCCCCUGUCGUGUGUCCCACUAUUCGCUUGUAUCCUCCACAUGCGUUUCCUGGCGCACAAAAAUGCUAAAGAUCAAUUAGAGAGCGAGGUCCUGCUCUACAAGCAUAUGCCUUGGUCUCAGUACCUGGUCGAAGUUUUCUUCUGGAGACUUGACCUGCUUGGCUUGCUUUUGGUGUGCGUUGUCUUCGGUUGUAUCCUAGUGCCUUUCACACUGGCCGGAAGUCUGCAGAGCAAAUGGAAGCGGGCUGAGAUCAUCGUUCCCGAGGUCAUUGGUUGGUGCGUCGCGUUGCCGCUGUUCUUGCUAUGGGAAGGUAAGUACUCAAGGCACCCCUUGGUUCCUUGGAGCCUCGUCAAGGACAGAGGCAUAUGGUCCGCCUUGAUCAUCGCCAUCCACAUUAACUUCGUGUGGUACAUGCAGGGCGACUACAUGUACACCGUGCUCAUGGUUGCUGUCAAUGAGACCGCCAAAUCUGCCGCGAGAAUAACCUCUUUGUACUCGUUUGUGUCAGUGAUUACAGGGUUCUUGCUUGGCGGAGUGAUAGUCUACGCAAGGAGGACCAAGAAAUUCAUCUUGUUCGGGAUUGCUUGCUGGUUUGUCGCCUUUGGUCUUUUAGUACACUAUCGUGGCGACUCUUCCUCGCACUCAGGCAUCGUCGGGUCCCUUUGCUUGCUUGGGUUUGGCGCGGGCUUCUUCACCUAUACUACCCAAACUUCGAUUCAAGCCUCUACCAAAUCCCACCAAGAUAUGGCAGUCAUUACCGCACUAUACUUGUCACACUACAAUAUUGGCUCUGCUCUGGGCGCGUCCAUUUCAGGCGCCAUCUGGACCAACAUUCUGCCUCGAGAGCUGCGCAAGAGAAUCACGGAUGUGGCCACUUACACCCUCGCAUAUGGGUCCCCGUUUGUUUUCAUUGAAGAAUACCUUUGGGGCACUCCUGAAAGAAUGGAAGUUGUUGCUGCAUACCGGGUUGUUCAAAGGAUUUUAUCAAUUGUCGGCCUAUGUUUCUGUGUGACGCUUCUAUUGUCGGCCUUCUUCUUGAGAGAUCACAGGCUCGAGAACGCCGUCGCUUUGGAAGAUGUUGACGAAAAGAGUUCCAGAAAGAGCGAUGAGCUUGAAGCGCGUAUCGAAGACAACACAGAAACAAAGGGCUUUGAACGCUAUGGUAUCUAA